UCGUGGUCAAACACACACCCAAGUGCAGGUAUGGUGUAUGUACUGAGUAAGCAGCAAAGUGAGUCACCGUCUCUGUGUUGUUUGUUCUACCUGUGUCACCUUGCGUUCGACCGGGACUAUGUAUUUUAUGCACCGCGCAUAUGCCCAAGGGCUCCACUCCUUUUGCGACAAAACGGAAGUCAAACUUCCUCCGUGACAUAAGUCACAUUUCCUAUGAAGAAAGAGUCUGGUCGCUUUGGAAUAUGGGCAUAGAGUAAGCUCAUGCAGUUUACAGGUCUCAGGUGGGAAGUUCAAAAGUGCACGGCACACACUACUUCUGGACUGGAGCCAGGCAACUAGCGCUUCACCCUCCCUUUCCCUUCUGGUAGA